AUGUAUUUGAAGCGGCCCCACGGGUGCGAGCAGUGCGGGAAGGCCUUCGCGCAGGCGGGCGCCCUGGCCAAGCACCGCCGGGUCCACACGGGGGAGAAGCCCUACCGCUGCCCCAUCUGCACCAAGGCCUUUGCUCUCUCCUCGGGGCUGGUCCUCCACAAGCGCACCCACACCGGGGAGCGGCCCCAUCCCUGCCCGCUCUGCGGCAAGGCCUUCAUCUCCUCAUCGCACCUCACCCUCCACCUCCGCUCCCACACAGGUGAGCGGAAGUACCAGUGCCCCAUCUGCGGGAAGCUCUUCCUCCAGUCCUCCCACCUGGUGCGCCACAAAGCAAUCCACACUGGUGAGAGGCCCUUCAAGUGUGAGGACUGUGGCAAACUCUUUGGGCGCGCUUCACACCUCACCACCCACCGCCGUGUGCACACAGGCGAGAGGCCUUUCAAGUGCCUGCAGUGCGAGAAGGCCUUCACGCAGAAGGCUGGGCUGGUCCUCCAUGUCCGCCUGCACACUGGGGAACGGCCCUACAAGUGUGACAAGUGUGGGAAGAACUUCCGGUCCUCCGCCCACCUCAUGUCACACCAGCUUCUUGAGUCAGGCGAGAGGAACUUCAAGUGCUCUACCUGUGGGAAGGCCUUCAAGCAGUCAUCAUCCCUCAAGCAGCACCUGAAGACCCACGAGGCACACGAACUUCACUGCUGCUUGGUCUGCAGCCGAGCCUUUUCCAGGUCUUCUUACCUCCAGCUUCACAUGAGAACACACAGUGGGGAGCGACCAUACCACUGUUUACUUUGCAACCGGACAUAUGCCAAAAUUUCCACCUUUGAAAAACAUUGUAAAAAGCACCAGCAGGAUGAAGAGAGGUCUGAUGCUAAGCCCAGGCCAGUGACCACCAGGGCAAAAGCACUGGCUGAAAAGAAAAAGCAGGAGCAGAAAGAGUGGCAUCAAGAUGACAGCCUCAAGCAACCUCACCAGGCUGACCCAGAGCAGCAGCAGCAGCAGCAGGUGGAAGGGCUGUAAAAGUCACUAAAACAAGAACUGUUCCUGGUCCUCCACAACAUGGCUCAUGGGAGAUAGAGUGUCUGGUUUAAUUUUUGUCAAAAGAAAAUGACAUACUGCGCCAGCAUUACUCCAGAGUGUGUUUCCAAAUGGAAUUCUUUCUCUGACAAAAGGUUCAAUGCAAAUGCUUCUGCAGGGCACAGCAAAUACAUAAAAGUCUGCUGAGGUUCCCUGCAGUUGGUGUGGUAUACAGAAUGCUCCAUCAUCACUGGGGGAUUCCACCCCAUUUGUGGGCCCCAGUGGUUUUGUUUCAUGUCAGCAGCAUUUUCUAACACAGACUUCCAGGGAUUCCUGACCAAAGCGCCUGCUUUUACCCAGACUGAAAGAGGGAUGCUUCUUUGUAUGCAGAAAUAAAGUUGUAGCCUCUUAAAAGAAGACAAAGUUUUUGUUUGAAGAGGCAAGAAAGGUGGUACACCUACUGAAAACAGAUUUGUACCAACAGUGGCUUUAGGAACCAAGCAGGAAUUUAUUCUGCAAAAUGCAAUUUGUUUUUAAAAGCACUGUAUGUAGUCAGAAGGUAGCAUCUUGAACCUUUUCCAGUUUUCUCACUGUUAAUUACAACAAGGCAUUGUACUUAGCAUUCAGAUAAUGCUGUGUAUGAAGUGUGUUUAAAGCAUGGCAGUUUUUAUUACCAACGUGACUUAACUCAUCUUUCUUAAAACUAAUGAAGACAGGUGUCAAAAAUCUGUAAUUCAUCUUGAAUGAGUUUAACAUUUGAAAUACCAGCUUGUAGUGAAGGUACAACAGUGGUUUUGGGGUUUUUUUUUAUACCUGAGCUUUCGGGAAUGUAAAAGGGAAUUCCAAGCCCAAUCUCCUUCUGAAUUAACAAAUUGCUGUAGUUGGCUUACUGGCCAGUCAUCAUGCUGAGGGAAUGAGCCAAGAUGCCACAAAAGUGUUGCUGAAGCGGAAUGGUUCAGAUUUAUUCUGGGGUCUGAGAUCAGACUCCAGUGAGUACUAAAUAACUUUGUAAACAUUAAUAAAACUGCCCAUAUUACAGAAGUGUUCUUUGUGAGCCAGCACUGGCUUUUUAGAAGCUGUAUGUCAUUCCAUCAGCAGUACUGUGAGGCUACAUUAUGCCUUUAUUUAUCAAUUAUUGUUACCCAGGAAUCUAUUAUAGCAGAAAAAAGGAAGCAGUGAGUUCAUGCUAAGUGCACAUUCCUAAUUUUUUGUAUUCUCCCUGACUUUUUAAACUCUAUUUCCCUGCCAUUGUGUGAAAACACAUAUUAUGCACUUUAAUGAUCUUUUUGGAUAGGCAUCUGGUUUUGGUUUCUACAGCAUAUUCACAACUCUGGUUUAAGGCCAAAAAAAUGAAUUUUCUGAAUGCUCGCAUAUUUGAAGUAUUGCAGUGUAUCAGGCUAGAAAUCAUGUUAGUAGAUGACAGACCUGGAUUACAUCUAAUACUAAUUUACAGCUAACAAAACUGCAUUGAAUAAUUCUCUAACUUUUUGCACUAUAGGUUUUGCUUGAUGGUGGGUAUACUAAGAUACAACUCUUAUGUUGAACUGAUGUUUAUAUUAAUUAAUAUGCUUCAAAUAUUUACAUGAUCAGAUAUUUCAAAUGAGAUGUUUCUAAGCCAGAGUUUCUUGUCAUGACAAAUUCUAAUGUAAGUUUUUGCUACAGUCUUUUGAUUUUGUUUUGUGGCCAGUCGUGUUGUUUAGGAGGAACUAGACACACUGGGUUUUAUUUCCAGUUCAGUUA